AUGAUCUACACAACACCAAAUAAGGGCUCAAGAAAGAUGGUUGGCUUCAUCCACAUGCCAACUGAAACGAGAGAGGUACAAAAUCGAUCAGGUUUGAGCAGCGAAGCUAUCUCCAACACAUGGUACAGUCAAGCUGAGAUAUCAGCGACGAUUGCGGAAAAUUCCAGAGCUUGCUUUCUGCUGCAGAGAAGCAAGUAUCUCGGCGAGACGGACGACUUUUGUUAUCGUGGCCUCGAGAGCAUCUUCAUGCCGGACUAUAGAGUCAGGCGGCAAAAAGUGAUGAACGAUGCAAAGGAUGCCGUUAUGAACGAACAAGACCGGCAAUUAACCAGUAACUUCUUCGAUGCCGACCUCAUUGCUGCCACCUAUAGAGAGGCUGUAUUAUAUGCUACAACAAUUGCCAGACAUCGAGGAGUACGUGACGAAGAGGAAAUAAAAGACGCACCAAAAACAAAGAGUUUGGAACUGGACGCUCCUCCCGCCAAGAAGAACGAGAGGAAAACAGGGCUGAAGGUGAAGUUUGAUGAGAGUGAGUCCUCGAGGCUCAUUUCUUGUCGAAAGGACCUCUCGGAAGAAGAAAAGAGGGCGUGUUGGCUCAAACGAAAUGAAUACCUGAGCAUAAAAAUUCAAGCUAUCAAUGACAUAAACCUUUUCAUGCACGGUCAAGCUCACGAAUCCGAUGACUUCACUAUUCAAGGGCUCGAGAAGUAUCUCCCCAACCUGUCAAUGAUAAGGAAACGAUACAGAUUACAAGCAGUAAAUGCAGUCUUUGAGGAGCAAGAACUUCAAGAACUCGAAGGGAAAAGCUGCCCUAUGCGAAUUGCGAAAACCUAUCAAUUGAACUCCAUCCACUGGCUGCUGAUUGCGCGGCAGGCAGGACUUGAUUCUGGUAGUCAUUCAACAACAUCCAAUCGGAAGAAGAUGCCUGGCAAAUCACAUUUGACGCAGACACCAGUUGCGCGUUCUGGUAAUCAGUCUACCUCCAGCAACAAUCGAAAGAUGAUGCUGGACAAAUCAAGUCUGUCCAUGACCCACAGAGUUGGCAAGCAAUUCCAGUUUCUAUCGUGCGCGUAG